AUGGCGUCCACAUUAGCUGACGUACGUGUGGUCGUCAUUGCACCGUCCUAUGAGGCACCAGUGACCGUAUCCCGAAUUCAAAAUGAGUUCCCGCGUCUGGUAAUUGACCGAGAUGUGGACGAGUUAUGGCGAGCAUAUCAAGCAUCUAAUCACGAUCAGCUCAUUUUUGACAGAUGUGGCCGAGUUGCGCACGUGCUUUCGCAUCCGCGCAGUGAUAUGACAUCAUAUCGUGACACACUCGACGCUAUCGACAGUGCGCGCGAUCACGCGCCAUGCGGUCCGUGUCAGCAUGACGUCGGCAGCCGUGCGGACGCGGAUGCGACAGUGGGUUUGCGGAAAAGCGCCAAGUUCUACCAAAGACAGCAGAGCGUGAACGCUGAUCCUCGUCAAAAUCAGUUGCAUCAAGACCCUCGUACAUCGCAAACUACUAGCAGCACUACACCAAAGCCGACCUAUUCAACUCAUACCGGGUACGGACCUGAUGAGGAGUACGAUGAUGAUUACUUGGGUAUUGUAAUGACGACACCAUCUGUGCAGACACAAAUCCCAAGUCCAACGACGUUUGAUCCUCUGUGGCCAACUCCAGCACCAGGACAAUUCUUCCAAAGUGAUCCAAGGAAUCCAAGGAGGUUGCCUGAGACAAAAUUCACCAAACUUGGCGAACAGGCAUCUGAAAACAAUAUUCCUUGUUCUGCUUAUACAGAUGAUAUCUGCUUCCAACAGCAAGAAAAACUUGGCCGUGGAAGACUAUCAAAAUGCUGUAAAAAAGGCAUCUACCUUACUGAUGUCUGUGUCCCUGGAAAAUGCUCAAAUCACACUGUACAACUAUGUUGUUUCCAGAAAUUCCUGCAGGCACGCUAUGCUUGUUGUGAAGAUGAUGAGCAAUCACUUGGACCGGCUAGCACUACAGAUUUUAGCAUGUGUUGUUUCACCCAUUUUGUAGACGAGUUUCAGGACGAGUGCUGUAGUCAAGAGACUGCAGCAUUGUACUGGCGAUCUGUACACGAAGUCUGCUAUCCGAAUACAAAAGUGGAUUAUUCGGGAAUAAAAAUGGAGGUACGUUUUGCUGAAGGAGUUCGUGUAGUGGACAUGAACGAAAAUCGUAUAUGGGACUAUGAAUGCCGAAAUGGUGGAAACAGAACGCAGUACGCCUAUCUACCGCCCUAAUCGAGAUCAAUCAAUUAUCGAUUGAUUUGGAGCUUAUCUUGCAUUCUCAGCGUUUGGCUAACAUUGUUUUGACUGCUGUUUUUUACUAUAUUUCCUAGUCUAAGCAUAAUCAAUAAUCUCGUAUAUCAAUCAAAAUAUUCCCAGUCUCUCUAUGCCUACCGGUAUGUUGAUUGCUCGUCAAAGUUUACUAACUUAUUGAUUAAUUGAUUAAUUGAUCAUUUAUUGUAUUAUUUCUUUGAAACCUGCUUGCUCUUGUGUGACAAUCAUAACAGUUUUCUAUAUUAAUUAACAUCGCUAUCUGCUUAGGAUUAUCGUUUGAUAGUUAUUGAUUCAUUCAUUGCUGAUUAUUGAUUUCUCUGCUGUCCUAAAAAAUCAGUAGUGUUCCCGCCUAGGUCUACACCUAAGACCAUUUGCUCAAUGUGUAUAGUGCCACAGCUCGGAGAGCGUCAUAUCUAGUGGUGCUUAUUAUUUUUUAGUUUGUGGAAAAUAUUUUCAACAAUGCUUACAAAUAUUAUUAGAA